AUGGAUAAGAAAAAUGAUGCUCCUCCUCCUCCUCCACCACCACCAACUCCUCCUCAGACGAUGCUAGAAAGAAAUGCUUCAAUGGAGAAGAUGAGUGAAGAGGAUAUAAUUCUUUUCGAGGUUUGUGCUCGCCUUUAUGGCGCCAUUCGCAUGCUGCUAGACACUUGUGCACCCGAUGAGGUGUCGAGGAUUAUAGCUGGGGUGUCGGCACGACUUGCCGUCUCUAUACGAUCAUUGGCAAGUCGCCUAAGCACCCCCGACAGGACAGGUUGGAGAACGUACCAAAGGCCAGAAGAUAAAUCAGGUGGGCACGGUGUUGGUUGGAGCCCGAUUAUACCUUAUGCAUUUUCUGUGCCUCAAGACUGGGAUGAGGUUCCUGUGUCCAUUGCCGACCUUGGAGGCACUGAGAUUGAUUUGAGAUUUGCAAGUCCUAAAGAGGGACGCCUUUUUGUGAUUGUAGCUCCUGUUCUAAGAUUUGCGGAUAAUCUAGGUGAUGAUGCGACUAUAGAACGAAUCGGGACUCCCGAGAAGGUGAUAAAUGCUUUUGGACCAGAAAUAAUUGGGGAAAAUGUUGAAGGAAAAGUCGUAAGUUCUGAAGUAUCAGAGCACUCGGGUAGGAAAUAUUACCAGUUUGAGUUAGAGCCGCCACACGUACUAAUAACAGCAACAGCAGCAGGCAAUCGCCUCUACUUGUUCAAUGUUACUGGAAACGGUCUUCAGUGGAAGAAGCACUACAAGGACCUCAAGAAGAUAGCCGACUCUUUCCGGGUCAUCUAAGACACCACCAACUACAAUAUGUUAAGCUUGAGAACAGAUUUGAGCUUUGUAUCUAACAAUGUAUUCUCAUUAAAUUUUUGUGAUGCUGUAUAGUACAAGAGAGAUCUUUCCCCAAAAUACAUUUUUUCACCUCGCUUCCAGAAGCUCUUGCAUUUGAUAUCUAAUGAUUUGAACAUGUGAGCCUCAAGGGUUCAAAACAAGAUUCAAUUAUGUUUCUCUUUUAUUUGAUAACCCUUCUCAAAUAACAAGUGCACUAUGUCCCGGUGUUUUCUCAGCCCCCGUAGAAUGAAAUACGACACGAGCCCCUUCUGACAUUGCCCAUCUUUCGGACUCUGCAUACAUGCCAGACAACAGCACAUAAUGCUUAUCAUUAGCCAAACCAUUUCUUAUCUUCAACUUGCCUACCAAUUCCAUCACGUUCGCUGCCAUAGUUGCAUCCGAAUAUAUCCGACAUGCACCAAGCAUUGCCCCAAGAACUUUAUCAUUUGGGGUCAUUGGCAUCCCCUUGAUGACCUCAAAAGCAUCCUGAAGUCUACCAGCUCGGCCCAAAAGAUCGACCAGACAACCAUAAUGCUUUAUGUUUGGUCUCAAACCAUAUAUCUUCAUCUUGGAGAAAGAUUCCAAGCCCACAUCCACAAAACCUCCGUGCGCACAAGCCGAUAAAACGGAGAGAAAAGUCACAGAGUCGGGUUUUUCACCCGAGCCCUCCAUUGUCCUAAAAAUUUCAACCGCCUCCCGACUUCUCCCGUGAAUGGCAAAUCCUGUGAUCAAACUAUUCCAAGUUGAUGCAUUUCUCCUUUGUGCCUCAUCAAAGAUUGAUCUCGCGUUCUCUAAGUCCCCGCAUUUUGCGUACAUGUCAACCAAUCCAUUCAAAACGAACUCGUUCAACUCAAUCCUAUUUUCGUAAAUAAUUCCGUGAAUCUCUCUCCCAAUAUCCAAUCUUCCCGACUGAGCACAAGCAGACAAAACACUCGCCAAUGUGACCUCGUUCGGCUUGAACCCUUCUUCCCGCAUUUUCCGAAAAGCAUCAAAAACCUCCUCACACAUCCCGUUCUGCGCGUAACCUGAAAUCAACGAGUUCCAAACCACCACAUUCCAUGACCCUGCAUCGUCAAAAACCUGCCGAGCCUUUACAAAGGCUCCUGCCCUGAAAUACCCCAUGAUCAAAACAGACCACACGUAGAAAUUCCUCUUGGGCAUUUUCUCAAACACCUCCCGGGCAGCCUCCAUCUCCCCGUUAGCAGCAUACCCACUGACCAUCACCGUCCACGUUACCACGCUCCUCAUGUCCUCCGGCACGCACUCGAAAACCCUCCGGGCGGCCGCUGUGUCCCCGCUCCUCGCCAGCCCGCCUAUCAUCUCGUGCCACGUGACGGAUGUCUUCCCGGGCAUGUUCUCGAACAGAACGGAAGCAAGGCUGGUGUGGCCGUUGCGCAUGUAGGAGCCAAUCAUGGCGUUCCAGGAGGCCGCGCUCCUCUGAGGCAUAUGGUCGAAAAGGUGGCGCGAGCUGGAGAUGUCGCCGCACUUGCCGUACAUGUCAACCAAGGCGGUCCCCACCAUGAUGUCGCUCUCGGAUCCGGACUUCAGAACCUCAGCGUGCAGGGAUCGGCCGAGUUCGAGCCGCAAGAGGCACGCGCAGGCCUUGAGGACCGACGGCAUCGCGGCGAUGGCUGCACCGGCGGCUGCCCGGCCGCGGAUGUAGAUCGAGAUGGCUUGUUUGGGCUUUUUCUGGUAGAUGCAGCUUUGUAUGGAGUGGAGCCAGCUUGGAGGUGGGGUUCCGGCGGCGUUCGUGUGGGUUUUGGUGGGUUGUUGUGCGGUGGCGGUGGCUUUCAUGUCAGCUCCGACUCAUUUGUGACGGCGGGUUAAACUUUAUAUGAAUGAAUUCAUAUGGAAA